CAGAUUCCUCGAGAAAUUCAGCUGCUUUCGUCUCUAAAGGAACUGGUCGUGUCCAAUACGAGCAUCUACGGGUCGUUGGAAGACUGGUUACUUCCCGAUGUUCUGGACGACAAUGACAACCGUUUUGGAAGCGAGUUGUUGAGUCUAAACUUGUCCAACAGCAUGUUCGCUGGCACUAUUCCACCUACCCUGGCAGAGGUUUUUUCCAAAUUGACAUCGCUGGAUCUGGCAGCUGGCAAUUUUGUGGGUGUCAUUCCAAGCCGUCUGGGCUUACUGACGGAUCUGCACCGGCUGCGGUUGAAUACAAAUAUCCUCGAAGGUCGCAUCCCCGAGGAAUUGUAUCGAAUCACAAAGCUUCAAGUACUACAACUUGACAGCAACUAUCUCUCCGGCACAAUAUCGACUGCCAUUGGGAAUCUGGUAUCCUUGACAGAUGUUUGGUUGAGUGAGAACUCACUCACUGGCCCAAUUCCAGGAUCGUUUUCGCAACUGACAAGUCUGGUCAACAUGGUCUUGAACACCAACUACACGAACGAAACUCUGCCAGCGAGCAUUUUUGCGGAUUUCGUGCAACUGGAGCGUUUGGACGUCUCCCGCAACUUUUUGGCGGGCAAUGUCCCUGAAUCCUUGUUUGGCAUUCCCUCGCUGAAGCAUGUCAUCUUAUCCAACAAUUCCUUCAUUGGUCCCCUUCCCACGAACUUUUUUACUGCACCAUUGCUGGAGAACCUUUGGAUAGACGGCAACUUUUUGAGCGGAAUUAUUCCCGACGUGCAACCAGGAAUUUUGUCUGUUUUGCAUAGUUUGUUGAUGCACAACAACCUGUUGACCGGGAGCAUGCCCGAGCGCAUUUGCGAGCUUCGUUCUCAAGAGUCUGCAUCUAGUAAAUUGGAGGAUGUGUGGUCCGACUGUGGCGGAACUGGUGAAGCGAGAGUUGAGUGUGUCUUUCCCUAUUGCUGCAAUCGUUGCUAUUCAAAUACGAGUUGGCGUCGUCAACGACGAACGAAACAAGUAGUUAAAAGGUAA